AUGCUCGUCCCAAAACAUAACAUACUCUCUUCUGAGCACCUUAUUGCCUGUGAACGGACAAUGCUCAAGUUUGUGGACGGUAAACUAAAUUCAAAAGUUGGAAUGGAAUUUAAAGUAUGGGAUUGGCAGAUACCAGAAUUAUAUGGAAUAGUUUUGGGAAUGUUUGUAAAACUUGGCCUUAAAGAUACUCUCGGCAUUCGUAAAUCUGUAAUGUUGGACUUUAUUAUCGAUGUUGAAAAAGGCUAUUACAAAACUUCCUAUCAUUCUUUUUAUCAUGCUGUUGACGUAGUGGCUGUCCUUUAUUACAUGCUUAAGGAUUUGGGUGCUGAAUCGUAUCUAACUUCAUUAGAUGCUAUUUGCUUACUUAUAGCUGGUUUAUGUCAUGAUAUAGGUCAUGUAAUUAAUGCUCGAACGAACCUCGCUAUUAAAUACAAUGACCAAUCAGUGUUGGAAAAUCAUUCUUGUGCUCUUACAAUGGAUAUUAUAACAAAGCAUAGAAUUUUUCGUAAUAUACAUACUUGUAGUAACGAAUAUUUGGGUUGUGAUCCAAAAGAAGUCGAUACCAUACUCAGGGAUUUAAUAACUAAAAUAAUCUUGGCCACAGACAUGAGUUUUCAUUUUGAUUUAUUAGAAUCUUUACAUAAUAUGAUAAAAUCUACUUCUCCAUGCUCUUCUGAAGAAUCCGGUGAAGAGAUGGAUAAUGUAUUACUUCAUGCUGCCGACCUUAGCAAUACUGUUCGUCCAUGGGAUAUAUCUAAACGUUGGUCUGAUUUAGUUGUAGAAGAAUUCUUUCAUCAAGGUGAUCUUGAAAAGCAAAAUAAUCUUCCAGUAUCUCCUAAUAUGGACAGAAAAAAAGCUCACCAAUGCCAAAUAAGCCUGGGUUUUGGUGACUUUGUAGUUAAACCUUAUUUUGAAGCUUUUGCUUCUUUCUUACAUCAAGCAACUAUAUUUCUGGACAUUUUGGCUGAAAAUCGUAUUUAUUGGGAUGAUAUGAAGAAUGCUCCACCACAACCUCCUCCAACGCAAUUAACCCCAAGUUCUGAUGAUGAUGAUUCUUCUUCUUCAUUAGAUGAUAACUAUUCUAAAGGACAACGCCGAGUCAGUUUAGCUGCCGGUUUAUUAAUUAUUCCGGAUGAUAUACAAGAAAAACUACGUUUAAUGGCUUCACAACGUCAUACUAAAAAUCACAAAAAAUUAAAGCGUAGUUUAUCCGGUCGUUCAUAUAGUCAUCACGCUUUAUUACCUGCACAUCCUGUUUCAUCGGACGCAAUAACUAAUUCAAGUUCUACAAAUUCCCAUUACACUAAUGGCAAGAAAUCAAAUAACAAUCAUCAGAAAAGAUUGGGUCGAAUGAGACGAAGUAGUUCUUUAGAUCACAAUAUGAUUAGACAAAUAACUUCUUUAUGUGGUACUGGUGACUCUCAACCUGAACAAAGGGUUGUUGUAGCAGGAAGUUAG